CAUUGGAGAAUAUCCGGAAGUCUGGAUAUUUAAAGACAACAAGGAGGAUCUAAAACUAUUAUUCGCUAAACAACGCGCGUGGACGAGCGCGCCUGACAAGCCACGUGGACCACGACCAUGAGAAGUUACACGGCGUGGAUCAAUCAAGAGCAGCAAGAAGGAACCUGCUUGAGUCGGAGAUCCACUCGGAGGCGCCGUGUCGGUCGAGAGCAAGCACGGAAAUAGACGCACCACAUGGCGGGGCUCGAGCUCCUCAGCUCUCUCCACUCCCUAUGUACACGUCCGUCUUGCCUUUACGCGUUUGCUCCGUACGCAUUCGUUUAGUCGCGCGUCUCUAGCGUUCGUCCAACGCUGGAUCCGUCCUCGGUUAAUAUGACGUUCAGCCAACGCUUCGUACUUGAACAACGAACGCACUCGUCACGAUUGAGGCCCGUCUCGAGUCUCCUGGCUUCAGCCGAUUGCAUGGGAAUCGUGUAAAAAUUGAGCUAGUUUUAAUCGUAAAACAGUGAUCUCGAGAAGUACAUAGUGAAGAUUUCUAUUAAAGAAGUCUGAAUGUUUUAGAAGUCUGUGACGAAGACCGAUGGACGCAAACAAUGCAGAAAUAGUCAUUUUGUUUGUUACACCGAUCGCUUAAAAAUAUGUGAAUUCAAGAUACUUUAAGUGGUUUUGACGCGCGUAAUUGAACAGAAAAUGGAUAUGAUAUGAAUCAUGUGGAUUAACACUAACACGCAAUUUUACUAUCGUGGCUGAUAACAUAUGUAUAUAUUUUCGAUUUUAAAGGUUUAGAACUAUAAGGAUAAGUUGCAUCUAUUUAUGAACUAAAACUAAGGAAGAGCGUUCGCCGUUCUCUUAUAUGUAUUGUAGAACCAUUAAACGUGAUCUCGCGAGAAGAAGAUGAUUCAUUAAUAAUAUAGAACAUAAUUUAACGACUGAGACUUUACUGUGUGGACUAACAUUAAGAUUAGUACAAAAAAAUCGGGCAAAUAUACUUGGUGAUAAAUGCGACGAUGUGGAAUAUUUUAUGAAUGAACUUCCGUGGCUGCUGAGAGCAAAAAGUAUCGAAUUGAAAAUAUCGAAGAAUUCGAGGGCAAUGUUCCCAUGUGUGUGUAUACAAGAAUACACAUCCCGGUAACAUAUGCAGAAACGAGAUACGUUCAACAUGUGCGUAAAAGCGCGUAAAAGCAAUCCCCGUAAAAGUUAAGCACUCGUUUUGAAGAACCCAUUCGGAAGAAGAUGGCACUUUUCCGAGAACUGUUACAUCGAGAGAACGACUGACGGUGAAGUGACCCAACGAAAUUUCAUAAUAAAAUUCUAGAAAGAGUAAAAAGAGAAACUUGGAGCAUUUCCGAAGUUGCAGUGCAAUGAAAUUAUAAUAUUUUCACUUCUUGGAUGCCUCCCUCAUCGAAUAUCUCCGGUUUCAUGGUAGUAUCCUCGAAACAUCAAUGAUUCUGUCUCGUAAACGAUAAUGACAUUUUAGGUGAAUGAUAUUUUAUGAAAAUUUGUAAUACCAGUUCUAAAGUUGGAAGCCAUUCGGGCUAAUCGUUAGUGGUUAUCGCAUUACCGAUCACAGUAAAAUAUUAAGGAAUUUUGAAAACAUUAGCAUCUAGAAUUUUAAUAUUUCGUUCCUUAUUACGGAAAAUUAAUGAGGAGAUAGUUUUCGCUGAAAAUUAAAUGGAAAGAAAAUCGCUCGGAUUCAAGGACAAGGAGAUGAUAAACAAUUACCGAAGAAAAUUGUCGUUGAGGACACGAGACGACGACGACAUCCGAAACUGAUAAACUUACCGAGCCGAUUAGAUAAAAAUAUGGCCGCUUGCCAUUCGACACCUGCGGUGCAACGCCUGCAGUUGCAGGAUUCAACUCGGAUCAGUUACGGUGCGAUCAACAAUAUAAGUGCUUCGAGUCAAAAGACUCUUCAGCAAUCGACCUACCCGCCUCUACUCAAUUGGUUCUACCUGGCCAUUACUGAACAAAACUCGUCGCAAUCACCUGAUCAGAAUAAGCUACUUCCUGCAAUCUGGAGCAAUUUUCCCGGUACGACGUCGCAGACUUAUCCACAUCAAAACGCGUUGAAUCCGUCUGGACCCGUCAGACCCAUGAGAGAUACCGGGACGGAAAGUAUCGCGGAUUUAGCGGUACACUUUAACGAGUUAACAGUAGGCGACCGGAAACCGGCGAAGAAACCGCCGUCAACGUACCUGUGUCAUUUGUGCUUCAAGAAAGGACAUUACAUCAAGGAUUGUCCGCAGGCACGACCGAAGGGCGAGGGCCUGACGCCAUAUCAGGGUAAGAAGCGGUGCUUUGGCGAAUACAAAUGUCCCAAGUGCAAGCGCAAAUGGAUGUCGGGCAACAGCUGGGCCAAUAUGGGCCAGGAAUGCAUUAAGUGUCACAUAAACGUGUAUCCUCACAAACAGAGGCCGUUGGAAAAACCCGAUGGUUUAGACGUGUCCGACCAGAGCAAGGUACAUCCUCAACAUCUUUGCGAGAAAUGUAAGACGUUGGGCUAUUAUUGCAGACGAAGCGCUAUAAUAACUUAACGAAUUCCGUCCAAUUCAUCUCGCUGAUCCAAUUAAUUGCAAGAAAGGGAGGGUUUAAUGACGAACUAUUGAAUUAAUGAAAGACAGUUCGAUACACUUGAACACAUCGACACGCAUCGAUGUGAAUCUUAUAGAUAGAGCGUCCAUUUCUGUUCGCGAGAUUAAAUAGAGAGAGUAAAAGAGAAAUAAAAUGAUAUAUUUUUAUGUAUUUUUACAAUUAGAAUUUUUUUUAUUGCAUGGUUUUUGACCAUGCAAUAAAAAAAAUGACCAAAGACGUGGCGUUCAAUCGCAGCUUUAUAAUAUAUAUAUUGAACAAAUAUAUUAUCUAUACGGACGUAAAAUGCACACUCAAGUGAGCAACAGAAUUUUUUGAUUUUUAAUAUUAUUUUGAUAAUAUCAAGUAUCCACGUGGAAAAAAAGCGUGUGUUGUUCGAGUAAAAAAAUGAGGGCAUUGUUCUCAGGGAUAUAAUAAAAUGUUCUGACCCUACGAGCUAAGAAUAAACAUGGGCAGAUUCUCGAGAAAGGGAGAUGCCUCUAAAGAAAAAUAACGGAAGAAACGACGAAAAAAAUAUUCCAAAUGAAUGUUCGUAGUAUUUGCAGUAAUGUCGAGUUGCAUUGAAAUGCAGCGUCAACAUGCAAUCUCUGCACAAUCAAUAUUGUUUCACAAUAUUGCGCAAUAAUAUAUCGAUUAAUGUUUAUAUUGAUAUCAACGUUACAUCUACAGUCAGUAUUAUAUACAAUAUUAUUCCACACUUUCUUCAUAUUGUGUAAUAAUACAUUAAGCACUUAAUAUCCAUACGGAUAUUAAUAUUAUA